AACGAAUAGGCCUUUUGAAAAGGCAUGCGAGCCGACAAUUUUGUUUAUGCAAAAUAAAAGUAAAAUUUACUUGUAUUUGCUGAAAUGUUAAGGAUAAAUCGACUUUACCAAUUGUUACCUGGAAUUAGAAGGUUUUGUUCAGCUCCUUCCGUGAAGUAUGAUGUUAUUGUAAUUGGUGGGGGUCAUGCUGGGACUGAGGCUUGUGCUGCAUCAGCUAGAAUGGGUGCAAGGACCCUCCUGGUGACCCACAAAUUCGCCACAAUCGGAGAGAUGUCGUGCAAUCCGUCAUUUGGUGGAAUUGGCAAGGGUCACUUGAUCCGGGAGAUUGAUGCUUUGGAUGGAAUCUGUGGCAGGUGCUGUGAUAUGUCUGGAGUGCAGUACAAGAUCCUCAAUAGGAGACGUGGUCCUGCUGUUUGGGGGCCUCGGGCUCAGAUCGACAGAGAUCUGUAUAAGAAGGCUGUCCAGGAUGAACUCACAAAAAUUGAAAAUCUCGAAAUCUGCACUUCCUCCGUGGAUAACUUGAUUCUCAGUGAAACGGAAGCUGGAGUAAAGUGUAGAGGUAUUCUCUUGGAGGGUGGAACGAGAAUUGAAUCUGAAACUGUGAUAAUUACGACUGGAACCUUCCUACGAGGUGAAAUUCAUAUUGGACUGAGCGUGAGGCCAGCUGGAAGAAUUGGAGAUGCACCGGCUGUUGGAUUAGCUGAAAGUCUGGAGAGGAUAGGCUUUAAGAUGUCACGCCUGAAAACAGGAACUCCACCGAGGAUCAGAAAAAAUUCCAUAGAUUUCAGAAAUCUCGUCAAACAAUUUGGGGAUGAUCCUCCAGUUCCAUUUUCUUUUGUCAAUUCGAAAGUUUGGCUGAAGUCUGAGGAUCAGAUGGUUUGUCAUCUGACUUACACUACUCCGGACAUCAAUGACAUCGUGAAGAAGAAUCUUCAUGUCAAUAGGCAUGUUUCUGAGGAGACCACUGGACCUCGCUAUUGUCCAUCAAUUGAGUCAAAAGUUUUGAGAUUCGGUGACAAAUCCCAUCAGAUCUGGUUGGAACCAGAAGGACUGCACAGCGAUGUGAUCUAUCCAAAUGGACUUUCUUGCACCCUUCCGGAGGAACAACAGGUGGAACUGGUGAGGAGAAUACCUGGACUCGAGUCAGCAGAAAUUAUCCGUCCAGGAUAUGGUGUUCAGUAUGAUUUCAUAGAUCCCCGUGAGCUGUUUCCUACGCUCGAAACCAAACGCGUUGCGGGAUUAUUUCUUGCCGGGCAGAUCAAUGGAACAACUGGGUAUGAGGAAGCUGCCGCUCAGGGGAUUCUUGCUGGAGCAAAUGCAGCUGCACGUGUUCAGAACAAACCGCCCUUGCUUAUCAACCGAACUGAUGCUUACAUCGGAGUUCUGGUGGAUGAUUUGACAACACUGGGUACAAAUGAACCAUACAGAAUGUUCACGAGUAGAGCUGAGUUUCGUCUGAGCCUCCGGCCGGACAAUGCUGAUAUGCGUCUCACGGAAAUGGGCUAUGCUCUCGAUCUUGUUGGCGAAGAGCGGUACAGAGGAUUUCUGAAGAUGCGUCAGAGACUGUCUGAAGCAACAGAGGCGAUGAAGAGUCUGAAAAGGAGAACAGCUCAGUGGAGGGAAGCUCUAAAAUUGCCACAGAGCAAAACAACGACUGUCAAGAGCGCCUUCGAGAUGUUAUCUAUUCCAGCAGAUGGCAUCACUGCUCAGCACAUUGCCGAUCUAGAACCGGGAGUUCUAGGUUGGAUUAGAGACGAUCCCUUGCUCUGUGAAAGACUGAAGAUUGAAGCUACUUACGAACUAGUUGUAGCUGAUCAAGCAAGAGAUGUUGAGGAAGUCAGGAGGGAUGAGCAACUCAUUAUUCCCAGAAAUAUCGACUACUUCUCAAAAUACCUCAAUUUAUCCUUCGAAGAGCGAGAAAAAUUGAUCUACAUUCAACCACAGACGAAAUCACAAUGCUUUCUCAUGCAGAUUGCUGCAGCUUCUCGAAUACAAGGAGUUACUCCAUCAGCAAUUGUACGACUCCUGAGGUUUGUGCGCCAAUCCAGUGGAAGUACUGAAGCGCCUACGACUUCUGCCUCUUCUCCAGUGUGAGCCAGAUACCAUUCUUUGGCGCCAAAAGGAAGGAUUGCACCGAAAUUUCAGGCGGGACUUUUUGCUUGGGUGCCAGCUUGAUGUUGUAGUUGGAUAGGAGAGUAUACAGCGCUACUUUUACUUGGAACAGCCCAAAACGCAUCCCAAUGCAAAUCCUUGGACCUUCUCCGAAGCCUAGAAAAGCAUAUCGAUUCCUCUCCAGCUUUUUUUCAUCCAAGAAACGAUCAGGAUCAAAAAUAUGGGGUUUGUCGUAAUGAUUAGGAUCCCUGUUUUUGGGGGCAAAGAACAUGAAACAUCAAUGAAACAUCUGUGAAAUAUAAGUAAAUGGCUCUUGGGUAUCUUA